AUGGAUGAUGAAGGAGAGGCUAUAUACGUUGUUGAUAUGCAAGAUCAGACUGUUGGUGGUGGAGAUGUAAUAGUUAUGGAACCAUUAAUAACUUCUUCUUCUUCUGGCCAUGCCAAAGAUGAGGAACAAAAAAGCCCUGAAGUUCAUGUGGUGAAAUCAUUAAUAGAAGAAAAACUAGACAAGGUGCGUUCUUGGUCAUCAGAUUACACUAUAUACAGAGUACCUAAUACACUGGUGAAUGAAAAGCCAGAAGCUUACAUACCUCACAUGAUCUCAAUUGGCCCUUUCCACCAUGAUCAGCAACACUUACAUCACACGGAAGCACGUAAGAUUCGCUACUUCCAAAAGUUUCUGAACAGAGAAUCUGGAGCAGUACUCUUAUCUGAUUACAUUAAAGCUGUGAAAUAUUGGGAAGAAUUAGCUUACCUAUGUUACCCAGAUGUGAAAAUUGAUCAAAGAGACAGUUUUUUCAUGAUGAUGGUGGUAGAUGGUUGUUUCAUACUUGAGCUAUUAUUCUGGGACGACGAAAAUCAUGAUACCGUUUCGGACGCGAAAUGGAGUUAUCUAGUUUCACAAGACUUGAUUAUGCUUGAAAAUCAGCUUCCAAUCUUUGUUCUUGAGGCAUUAUAUAAAGUAUUCAAAGGGGAUUCUUCUCAAGAACAAUAUGCAUCACAACUCUAUGCUCUUAUUUGUAAGUACUUUGUACCUAGAAUUUUGAGAAUGCUUGUUGGCAAAGAGGACGCAGUCAAUUACUCCUCUCCUGAUCACAUUCAAUCAUUAUGUUCGGUAGAUAGACCAAAGCAUUUGCUUGAUUUUGUACGACAAUUUCUCAUCCCAUCCCACCACCAUCACUACCACUGUCCAGUGGACAAACCAAAACAUUACUCUUCUGUACCUUCUGCAGCAUGCGGUCACAGCUGGUUGUGUGGCUUGUGCCUAGAGGAUGACCCUCUAGAGAAGGAGGAAGAUAUUGGGGUAGUGCAUAUCCGGUGUGUGAAAGAGCUCGAGAAGGCAAGUGUCAAGUUUGAGAAGAACAAGAAUCCCACAAGCUUGUCGGACAUUAAAUUUGACAUGAAAAAGGGAGUUUUGACAAUCCCAGGUAUAAUAAUUGAUCAUGGAACAGAGCUUAUCCUUCGAAACCUUGUUGCUUACGAGCAAUACAUCGAUGACCAUAGUUAUAUAACAGAGUAUGCAGCUUUCAUGGAUGGUCUCAUCGAUUCUUCCGAAGAUGUGGAAUUGUUGCAGGACAAUGGAAUUAUAGUGACCAUGCUCGGUGACCCGAGUGAGGUAGCUCGAUUAUUUAACAAUCUUCUCAAAGAUGUUACGGUACCAAUUUGUGAUACCAUUACUGUUCGCCGUAAAUUGGAACAGUAUUACAAUAUAAGAUGUCACAAAUGGAUGUCUAGUCUGAUGCGUAACUAUUUCAAUACUCCAUGGUCAUUCAUAUCAGUUGUUGCUGCUGUAAUUCUCCUCGUUUUGACGGUUGCACAGACCAUUUAUGCUGUCUUAGCUUAUCAUUACUAGAU